AUGUUCGACUAUGCCGUGUCGCUAUUCAAGGCGAUCUAUCCCGGCGAGCAAGUGCCACCAGAAUUUGAUCAGAAACGACAAAACGUGGUAUCAACCAACGAGAGGCUGCAGCAGGAGGCUCAGGCCGUGCUAGAUGUCAUCGAGAACCCGGAUGUUGCGCAGGCGUUGCGGCAGGACAAGAAUCAGAACUUGCAGUAUCUAAAGGACAACUAUAAUCUUACCCUCGAACAAAUCACGGCUUUGUACAACUUCGGCCAGUUCCAAUACUCCUACGGCAACUACAGCGGUGCGGCAGACUAUCUGUACCACUUCCGGGUCCUUUCAACGGACAAUGAUCUCAACACCUCCGCGCACUGGGGUAAACUCGCGUCCGAUAUCCUCACAGGGCGAUGGGAUGUCGCCCUCGAGGAGCUCAACACCUUGCGGGAUUUCAUCGACUCGCGCAGCUCCGGAGCUUCAAGCAGCAUCUCCGACCCUGCCCUCGCCCAGCUGCAUUCACGCACCUGGUUCGUCCAUUGGUCACUUUUCGUCUUCUUCAACCACGAACAGGGCCGGACACUCCUCCUCGAAACUUUCCUCUCCCCUACAUACCUCAACACUAUCCAAACAUCCUGUCCAUGGAUCCUCCGAUACCUCACUGCAGCCGCCAUCCUCUCUCGAAAAGCCUCUUCGGCACCCACAGCCGCGGGAACAGCCGCUACUCCUCUAUCAUCUCGAGUCCGGAACGCUAUCCGCGAGGUUGUCAAAGUCGUCCAGACGGAGGAGUACCAGUACUCCGACCCCGUCACCUCCUUCCUCCGCGAGCUCUACGUUGAGUUCGACUUUGAGGCAGCCCAAAAAGCCUUAGGCGAAGCAUCGUCAGUCAUCAGCACCGACUUCUUCCUGGGCGAGUUCAAGGACGAGUUCCUUGACAAUGCACGAUACCUCAUCUCCGAGGCCUACUGCCGGAUCCACCGCAAGAUCGACAUCGGCAGCCUUGCGGAGCGCCUGAAUCUCUCGCCAGACGAAGGCGAGAAGUGGAUCGUCAACCUGAUCAGAGAGACGCGUAUGCCCGGUGCCGACGCGAGGAUCGACCUGGAAAAGAACGUCAUCGAGAUCAACAGACCACCACUGCCCGUAUACCAGACGGUCAUCGAGAAGACAAGGCAGCUUGCGGUUAGGACACAGGCACUUGGGGUGGCAAUUGCGCGGACAGGGCAGGUGAAGCCGGAAGGCCAACCUGCUGCAGUCAACUAG